ACGUUCAUGCGCUAUCCUUAAUCAAGGUAGUCAUUGUGGUUAUUGAUGCUAUUUCUCGCUUCAGGCUUAUUCCAGCAUUCAUUGGCUCUUACGACGCCUUCAGCAGACCAGCCACUGUACGAGCACAGGCCUCCAACACUCUCACCUUUGUCAUGCACUGCUCAUCGCAGGUUCUUCCAUUCCUUCAAGAGUGCGCCUGAACGACUCCAAGGUGUAUUCUCCAAUCAUCGCAGCAAGCAGCACGUCCGCCUGCGAGGAUAGAGCCUUGCGUAUUAUCUCCCCGACACUUGCAUCGUUACGCCCUUGCGACCUCUUGCACCGAAUCCAACCUCCGCCUACGAACCGCAUACUAGGCCCUACAACGAUCCGUCGCAGUUGACCUGCCGAGCCACGAUACCUGUCGAGUGCUUCUCCGCGGAAAGUUUCUUCUUCAGCGUCGUGCUCGUUGCGAUUGCGAUCACUUUAGCCCAAUCGAGUACUAUUGCAACAGGCCCCGGACAUCCGACAGGGUCAGCGUGAGGAGGUUUGAAGGUGGUUUUGCGCCGAUAAGGAGAAAAUGGUGCCUAGCAGCCUCUCGUCGCGGUAAAGAGGUCAACACCUGCAAGUGCAAUAGGCCCUACCAGGUGGAGAGGAGUUAGGUCAGGAACAGUUGGGUGCACCGGACGAUGGUGUCGAAUAGCCAGAUGAUGGAUAAUCAACGUCAACAAUAUAUACCAGGCCCGCCGCCACCCCCAGGUCAAGGCAUCUUGAGCCACCUGCCACCACCUCCACCACGACCGCAUCCGCAAUCGACGUUGCCUCCUCCCCCUCCAGGGCCGCACCCGAAUUCUUUGCCCUUGGGCACGGUAUAUGGACUACCGGGCGGAGGAUGGCAGCAACAGCCAUGGGGAAGACCGGGUCUGGGCCAAAAUAUACCACCACCACCUCCUCCUAUGUUGCAAAAUCAAAAUCUACAAUAUGGUAUGCGACAGCCUUCACACCUGAAUAUUCCUCCUCCACCCCCGCAGAAUGAUAAGCCCAUCCUUUCCGCAACAUUCAUCCCAACCGGAGACUCUUUUGGCCCAGGGGUCGGUAUCCCUCCUCUUGAUGAUUUUUCCUCUUUUUCUGGAUAUGACAUGCAGUUUACAAAUGAACCGAGUCUUUCGCAAUCGGAGAAAAGACAUUCCGAAGGCACGACCGCUUCACACAGCUAUUCUUAUCCCAACCCGGCUCAGUCGAAUUCGGACAUUGCGAACAGGGAGGUUCGCGCAUCGUCCGCUUCUUCCGGGCGGCCUUCAUUCACCCUACCACUCCGCGACGGAAACGAGCCAAUUUCUCCAGGCCCUCCUACAGCAACACUACGUGAUCCUCAGACCGGUAACGAUCACAACCGUCAACGAGCUUAUAGCGCUGCUGUUGCGACUGGUGGCACUAGCGAACUAUCACUGCAAUGGCCGUUGGAAAGAGUUCUGGUUUGGCUUACCGCCAAUGGUUUCUCAAAGGACUGGCAGGAGACUUUCAAGUUGCUAAAGCUUCAAGGCUCGGAUUUCCUGGACUUAGGACGCGGUCCCAACGGCCGUGGCAAUUUUGGAAUGAUGCAUCAGACGAUCUAUCCUCAAUUAGCAAAGGUUUGUUCUGGUAGCAAUACCGGAUGGGACCAAGGCCGGGAACGUGAGGAAGGCAAAAGGCUGCGCAAACUGAUAUCAAGGCUUGUGGAGCAAGGAGGUGAAGGACCAGCGAGUGCGGGCAUAGGCCAUCGAAGACGUGAAUCGGGGAUCCCAAGCGCCUCCACAGAUGGUACAGUGGAAAACUCUCCACAUCUUCCUCGUGCCGAAUUCAGCAAUCCUUCUGGGGCUUCCGGCCCCGAAGGAAGCCCAGGAAAGCAAGCAGCUCUUUUUCCAACAGGGCUCGGUCCGCGCAAUUCACAGAACCGGAGCAGCACGAUGCCUGUCUUCAGCAAACACAGCAGUAGCUCCUCUACUCCCAGUGAUGCAAAGGCACCGGACAGCUUCCAUGGCACCAGUCGUGCAGAUUACACAAGGAAUGUUCUCACAACCAUUACCAGUCGUGGGCGACACAGUCCUAAUCUAUCCGGCGAUGGCUCGACUGGUCUAUUACCAAAAGGUCUUGGAGCAUCCCCAAGUGCGAGCCCCGGCCUCAGUAAUGCGGUACCUGCCUCAGCCACAAGUGUGUCCUCACAGACAUAUCGACCCGAACAUAACAAGAGUAACAGCACUGACUCCAUGCUGAAAGUGAAUGGAUCUUCGAGACUUAAUGCUCAGGGAAGUCACGUCGACAGCAGCAGGAGUGGCACAGAAAAUGCACAUUCUGGGAGAUUUUAUGCUGAUCGCCGAGACGCUCAAGAGAUGUCGAGGCCUUCGCCUCUUGAAACGCAUCGCACCUGGAGUAAUGACUACCCCACGGGAUCAAGUGCGAAAGAUCAAAAGCCAGGUAUAUGGAGUAAGUUCAUCAGAAAGAGACACGACCAUAGUCAACCUCCUGCAGACGAUCAUGCUCUUGAGUCACCAACAAGUCCAGGAGGGCUUCGUCUAUUUUCCAAGCCCAGUGCGAAUGGGAGCGAUUCAGCAUUGCAGCAACGACCGGCUUCUACUAGCGUGGCCAGCGAAGAUGAAAGAUCUUCUUAUACGUCAAAACGACCAGCCAAUAUCUCGCGAAAAUAUAUUUUUAUUACUCCUGACUGCUGGAAUUACCGGCUCGUCGAUGUAACGGAGGUGGAAUCACCGGGAGCUUUGCGGAGCCUCAUCUGUAUUGAGCUGGGAAUUGCCGAUGCUGAGUACGCACAUAUAUUCGUGACCGAACCCGGACAAUCAGAUCACGACACUCCCCUUUCCGACAGCGCCCUUCUUUCAAUCCGUAGUCGGACGGAUUAUACAGGAAGCUUAAAGUUAUAUGUGCAGAGCCCAACGUUAUCAGCUGUGUCAGGAGCAACUUCUACUGGGCUGGGUGUCUCAUUUGGUCAGAGAGAAGGCUUACCGAUGUUGAAAUCGAAUUCUGCUGGCGGAAUCAGUCGUAACGGCUAUCCACCGGCUCCUAGCUCUGUGGGCGAACAGCCCUCGACGGACCCAGCGCUGCUUCAAAAGCAGGCUGAGGAGUAUCGACGGCAGACCGAGGCCAAGCAUAAGGCUUACCUGGAAUCUCGCCGAGCCCAAAAGGAGUCGAGUUCUACCUACAGUGGUGGUGGCAUUCGUGGAAGUACUGUCAUUGACUUUGAUAGUCCGCGGCUGUCACCAUUUGAAGACAAGAAGGUUGAACCUCUAGUUCCAGUUCGAAAGCCCCCAACGGCACCGUCUGAGUCGACCACGUUGACUAAAGUCAACUCUCUCAGAGCAAGAGGAUCUGGGACCCGAUCUUCUUUGGAUGCCUUGAAACGUAUUUCUGAUCCUAUCGCAGAGGAAGAAGCUAAUAGGCUGAAGAAGAAAUCGAGCUCCUCGGCCAUGGCAUCCGCGGGUAUCGGAGCUGCACUGGCAAAUGUUGGUAGAAUGGCUGGUGCUCCUGCUUCCGUUGGAGGCCAGGGUUUACAACAAAGGCAACCAUUCGAUUUCGACCAACGAGCCUAUGGAGGCUUCCAAGACAACCAGAACCGCACCCCUACCAUCGACAGCACGCGCCAUUCAGCAUCAUCUCGUGAUAUCAGCCCCUCUGACGAUGCACCCAGACCUCGCCUGCAGACCAGAAAGUCAUACGGACCAGACCUUGAGUUCAGGGAGACUAACGUGUCAUUUGCUCCUUCACCUAAUCCUCUCAAACAGGAUGACUCGGAUGAUGACUCGGACGAUGGCUUAUUCGCUAUUCCCCUGACCAAUAAGUCAUUACCGAGGAACAUAGAUCAGGCAAUGGGAACUAAGGAACAGCGGCCGGCACUGACGGUCGACACAGACCACCAUGCAGGAAAAAAUGUUCGCUUCAAAUCGCCAGCCUCAUCAGGUGGUCUAUCUAUGCACCAUAAUGGCGCCGAAGACAGCGCCACAGCCAGUGGCGACGGUUAUGAGCGCAGUUUGUCUGAGGGUAGUUUCAGUGGUUCCGCGCAAUCCCCGGACGAUGCCAGAAUGGGUCGCAGAGACUCCUUCAUCAGUGACAUAUGGGCGAAUCGUCCUGCAGUGGAGAAUGUGGUGCAUCACCUGGAUGAGUUCUUCCCAGGCGUCAAUCUCGACGAGCCCUACUUAGAGGAAAAAGGUGACAACAACUCUCCCAUGAAAUCGAUAGAUCAAAAUCUUCUUGAAAGCGGACAAAAUGCAUCAGUGUCUUCCGCACACUAUGGCACCACAGGCUUGGAUCUAGACUUCAAGCGCAAGAGCGAAUCUGACACUCUAGGAUCAGAUGAAUCCACUCUCAAAGCCCGAGACCGAGACAAGGUCGCUAAUGUUGCGCAAAGACAAGUCGGACGGGCCGCAGGUGGCAUCUCGCGUAUGAAGUCCAUUCGUGAAGUGGCACAAAAGCGUAAUGAUAUCAGGAGAGGUCCGUCUGUGGCGCAAAGGGUUGAACAGGCCAAUGCCAGCAGCAUCGUCCGUCGCAAAAGUACAAAGAUGUUCGGAGCGAACAUUGUACAGAUCAAGCCUAGGCCGGGUAAUCGACUGUCAACCCUAGAUCCGAUACCACAAGAAGAGGUCCCUUCCGAAGAUAUGCCUAAGAGACAGGCGACUUUCAAGAUCAUUCGUGGUCAGCUGAUUGGCAAAGGUACCUACGGUCGUGUAUACCUGGGUAUGAACGCUACUACUGGUGAUUUCUUGGCCGUCAAGCAGGUCGAAGUCAACCAGAAAGCUGCAGGCCACGACAAGGAACGUAUCAAAGAAAUGGUCGCUGCUCUGGAUCAAGAAAUUGAGACGAUGAAAGACCUAGAGCAUCCCAACAUUGUUCAAUACCUAGGGUUUGAACGAAAGGAGUUUUCCGUCAGUAUCUACCUCGAAUACAUUCCUGGUGGGUCCAUUGGCAGCUGUCUGCGCAAACAUGGGAAAUUCGAAGAGUCGGUGGUUCGAUCACUGACAAGACAAACACUUGAGGGAUUGGCCUAUCUUCACCACGAGGGAAUCCUGCACCGAGAUCUGAAAGCCGAUAAUAUCCUGCUUGAUCUUGAUGGCACCUGUAAGAUCUCCGAUUUUGGCAUCUCCAAGAAGUCAGACAACAUUUAUGGCAACGACAUCACCAACAGCAUGCAAGGGUCCGUCUUUUGGAUGGCUCCAGAAGUGGUCAGAUCGCAAGGGCAAGGGUACAGCGCCAAGGUGGACAUAUGGUCCCUUGGCUGCGUGGUUUUGGAGAUGUUUGCGGGCAAGAGACCCUGGAGCCGGGAAGAAGCCAUCGGCGCAAUCUUCAAGUUGGGAAGUCUCAGUCAAGCGCCUCCGAUUCCCGAAGAUGUGCAGUCGACUGCGACGGUGGACGGCCUGAACUUCAUGUACGACUGUUUCCAAGUCAAUCCGAGCGACAGACCAACGCCCGAGACACUACUUCGACACUCUUCGUUUUGCGUUCCAGAUCCGUACUACAACUUUUACGAUACCCCCCUCGCCGCGAAAUUGAGGAAUGCCGACGGAGGUGGCCUCGGUGGUUGAAUUCGGCCGAUACAGUACUGAUACUAUAUCUAGUAUAUGCGCCAUUCCAUUUGAACCACUCAUACCCUGUGCGAUUCAUUGUCCAGAUGGAAUGCUCCCACAUGGUAUGUAUAUACCCGGACUUGAUCAUCGCGGCGGCCAUCGACACACACAAUUGUCGAGUCGGUCUGGUGGGAGAAUUUUUUGUCUCCUUUUUUUGGUUUCACGAGUACGACUUGACGAUUCUACGAGUGAGGGGGAGUGAGCGAGAGGCUCAUGUACAACGUACGUGCAUACUUGCUUUGGACCAGGAGCUGCCAGAGUGCUCGCAGGGCCCAGGGUCUUUUACUGUAGUAGGGAAAUCAGAGGUGAGGAGUAUACCAAGGGAGUACGGAGUACAUUUGGAACCCUGAAUGAAGAAGGCUCUUUGGGGACAGAGAGUGUGCGUGUGUGUGCGUGUGUGUGCGUGCGUGCGUGUGCUUGCUACGAUAGUACACUGUAGGUGAAUCAUUCCUGGGUGUUCCCGAGCACAGAAACCACCUUGUUCUAUACUUGUUCUAUACAUUUGAACAGUGCCAGGAAGAGAAUUUCGAUUCCCCAGCCAAAACUUUGUUCAGUCGGGCAUUGCUUAUAUCCGUACGCAUAAACUACCACAUCUAGCUACCUAGUCCAAGCCAGCCCAACCCGGCUCCGAGAUAUUCAACAUAUACUUGGUCAGUGUCAGAACGUAAAGACGCGAGGCUAAAAACCAAAUUUGGACGCCACGAACCCCAGGGCGGCUUGCC